UUUUUUGAAGUAAAAUAAUUAAAAAUUUACAAAUGGCUUCUAAAAUCAAAGAAAAAAGGAUCAAUUCUGAACUUACAAUGUUAGAUAAGCUCCCUGAAGGGUACCUCACUCAGUACAAGGAACUUCAAGGUGGUGGUAUAAGAGUAGAUCUAGCAAUUGAAAGGACUUUAAUCCAGUCAGAACUACUACCAGACAACAUAGAGAGUUUCAAUUUCAGCAUUAUAUGCGAUAGUGAAUUUCCCUUUAAAGGACCGCAAGUUCAGUGAAAUUCAAAUUUUCUACAAAUGAGUAUCUGAGACCAAAGGGACUUAUUCAUAAAUAUCUGAAGGACAAGAUGGGCUCCUUCGAAUACUUUAUAUGAGAUUUCCAAACUGAUCCCUGAGUUUAUCUCAGAUGCACUAAUCAGUGAGGCCUCCGACCAGAGAAAAUUCUUAGGUAAGUUCAACCUUGGAGAACCUUACUAUGUUGGCGACUAUUACGGUAACUUUGAUGUCUGGAAAUUCAAAGAUAAGCAUAAUAUGUUCAUUGAUUACACUAAAUCCAGACACAGGAGUCAUAAACCAAGAAGAAGCCAGUCACGAUAUUUAAUAGUGACGGAUACUGGUCUCAUGGUCUGAGAGCCAACUGUUGAAGAUAAAGACAUUGCUAUCUGUAGAGGCUGGAAUACACUUUAUAGACUACAUAAAGUGCGCAGAGAAAAAGAUAACCCCAAAGUCAUCAGCUUUGUCUGGGAUGAUGACAUGAUGAUGGAAUGGACCCUUACUUUUGAAGAUCCUGACCAAUUUAUAAACAAUAUCUGCUUCAGGAUGGAAACACUUGGAUGAAAAUAUGAAAGGAAAGAAUAUAUCAAAAAGAUGAUCCUUGAAAAAGAUGUCUCUAAGGCAGGAUUCCUUGAAAAUAUUGACUUCAAAUCAAGAGAAUGUCUAGACUUGAUAGCAAUCUACGAGGAUCUUGUGAACACUGAACUCACAAUUGAGAACAUUAAUUCGUUGACUUCACUCUACCAAAAGGCUAUAGAGUAUUUCUCAGCACAGGAUUCAUCAAGAUAUGAAGACUUCCUUAAUAGAAACAGAAAUCUACUCCAGAGAGAGGAUGUUCAGACUAUCCUAAUGAGUCUAGAAGUGGAACCCCAGCCAGAAGAAGGCAAAGAAGAAAGAAAGGAAACAGCUCAUCCUGAGAGCAUAAAUCCUACAUUCGACCAUCAACAACAAGAAUCUCCCAAAGAAGAUUCCCAUUUUAUCAUCGGUAGUGAGGGCUCAGAGAGCGAGAAAGCUAUCCCAGAAGUUGACAUAAAUCCAGUGCCAAUUCAUGAAGGAGUUGAAAAACUUGAAAACGAAGAUUUAGAACAUCCCAAAGAGAUAGAUCCUUCUAUAAAUUCUGUAAAACAGCUUGAUAAAGCCCGUACUGAGGAGAGUAAGAACAUUAAGCCUGAAGAGAAGCUAAACAAACUUUCUGAAGAUUUUGAUAUUGCAUCAGAAGACAAACUUGUAAACAAGUUCAAUCAAAUGUAUCUUGAUGAAAAUAAUAAAUCUGAUGAAAAAGGAAAUGAAGAAGAUGAGAAUUCAGCAGAAGAACUAAUGGAUUCCUCCAACCCUGAGGUGCAAGAAAAUGAGUCUAAUUUAAGAGAAAAGUCUAAUGAAGAGGUUAACCCUCCUGAAGAAGCCUCGGCUGAAGAUCCCUUUAGGAUAGGUGAAGAGUAACCCUGAGAUUUUCAAUGA